UAAAGCAUUCACAUUUUACAUUUGCAAUUAGUGGCUCCUGUCUGUGCUGAAUUUCUCAUGAGAUGCUUUUAAAUAUACUAACGCUGGAAUACACUGGGACUGCUCUAACACGCCACAAUAAAAACAGCUUGUUUUCCUUCACCUCAGUGGAUUAUGUUGUUUUAACACUAGCUUAUGCUAAAGGCCUUUUUUACUGCAACUAACAACAAAGUGAAGAACGGAGUUUGGUUUACAAUCAUUUGAUCAGCAUCUGAUUGAAUCAAAUUUCUCUACUUUGGAUAACUGUUGUAUCUUCCUUUUCUUGCUCUUUGAUUCUGUCCACAUGCAUGCACUUAUUCUCUGUCCUCUCUGUUUCCUUCUGCCCAACCUGCAGUCCUCAUAUUCAACCACACACUACCCCUCAGAACCCCAAGCAACAACCCCCUCCAUUACCCAGUCCCCCUCUGGUGUUUGCCCCAGUAGACCCAACCUCAGGUCCCAAACUGAUCAAAUGUAAGAGGUGGCCCCUCCUGGGACGCCAAGACCCCCGGGAUCCCCCGGACCCCGUUGAUUAUGAGAGCAUUUUGCCUGAUUUGGCGAAUGAUGACAUGUUUGCCAGGCGAACCUUAGCCUUCCAGUCCAACAUGGACCUAGUUAUGAUGAAGAGCCGGUUCCCUGCCAGGCGUCGUCUCUACACUUCUGAGCCACAACUGAACAUCGUCCUGCAACGACAUGGCAGUGGCAGUAAUAAGGAGCCAAUCCUGUUCCCCGACAUCGAAGAGGACGAUGUUGUCUAUCGAAAAGAGAAAAGUCAGCAGGCUCAGAACCAGCGAACCCUCUCCGGUGCCCCUGAUCACUAUUCCCCCAUGCCCAUCCCUGAGCCCUGGGCUCUGCCUUCAGAUCUCCAGGCCCGUCUUCUGUGUCCACCAUGUCCUCUGACUCGAAACACAACAGCAAAUAAAUGGAACCAAAUAGAAAAGGGGAGUCGUCCCAGCACAGAUGACAUGCUGGUCCGGAAGUUCGGGAUGAGCUCUGCUCAGAGCCAGGGGUCACUGAAAGGAAAUCUGAUGAAUCCCUCAGUACCGACGUCCUGCAGUGAAGGUGAUUUGGUGAGGUGGAAGUCUAUAAGAGAAGCCAGUCAGCUAAGGUAUAAGAAGAGGCUUCUUCUGGAGAGACUAGCCUCUCUCAAAGUGUAGGCAUGGACUCUUCUACUUUGUCUGUUCUUUCUGUGUACUAUGUGGGUUUAUGCUUAUUUAUGCCAUUUAAUUGUUUUGUGAAAACUCAUUUUUGACAUUUGAUGGCCCUUUUCCAAAGCCUUUUUAAAAUUAUUCAUCAGUCUGUUUCAUGAAUAAGCAAUGACUUUUUUUUCAUUGUUGCUGCUUUUAAAUAUGAGAGGACACAGUUAUUUCUUAGAACCCAAUGAGAUGUGUGCAAUUGUUGUUUGUUUGUUUGUUUGUUUUUUGCUUAACAGUUCAAAAUACAAGGGAAAUUGGUUUGUUAUGAACAAGCUUGUUAAAAUCUAGUUCAAAAGAGUUUAUUGGUAAUGUGUUUGAAACCAGUUAAGAAUGUCUGAUAUGUGGUUCCUCUUUGUCUCUUUGAUCAAUCAAUCAAUCAAUUUUUUUUAUAUAGCGCCAAAUCACAACAAACAG